AUGAUACCAACUGGACUCAGAAGUAAUGACGAAAAUUCAACGAAUACGAAACCGAAUCAAACUGCCGGUGCAAAGCAGUUAAAAAAAGAAAUUACUAAAAAGCAGAAUGAGGAAAAUAAUAAUCAUAAUACAAUGGAAUCAGGCAAAUGUGCGAAUACAUUGAAUGGAUGUACGCGCAAAAGUACUGAUGGUAAUAAUUUAUUAAAUGAUAUAACCGUUACAGGAGGAGUACAAGCAAUGAUAUCAUUACAGCGUACUGAUAGCGUUUUAAGUAAUGAAUCAGUAACAUCAUCACAGUCAUUUUAA